UACAAAAUAGAGGAAGAUGGGUACAGAUGUUAGCUCAGGGACAGUCUUCCUCACCGAAAAAAAAAAAAGGCUCGAGAUGGUGACGACAGGCACUAAACCAAGCAUGGGGUCCUUCUCUCUGAGCGUGGGGCCCGGGGUGCAGGCUGCCCCUGCAUCCCUUCUUUGUGCUCCACGUCCCCAGGCCUGGCCCUCUGCUCUGCUCUAAGCUCUGAUCUACUUAGCUGUAAAAGACCUCACAGGAACAACGCGUACAAAGUCCCUCCAGGGGAUGACAGAGCUGGGCCUGGGAGGCAGGACCCCUGGGGCCUGGUCUGCAGAUCUGAGGAGGGGACCUGGGGCCGCCCUCCCCUCUUUGACAUGCAGUUCCUUCCUCUGAACCGUGAGGGGUCGGGCUGGUUCACGGUUGGUUCUGGGAGUGGAGCAGCCUCUGCUCAGCCCACUGGGGAGAGGGGCGUUGACGCCUUGUGCAUUGGGGGUCAUCUCGGGAAUCGCAGCGGGGCUCCUUUCUCUCCCUCCCCAAGCUCAGCACCAGGCUGGGCGAGGGGCGCAGAGAUGAUGGGAUCUGGUCUGGAUGACUGGUUAUUCCUGGCGGAGGUGGCCUGGGUUGGGACCCUAAUGCAAGAGAGGUGGUAGGCCCUUGUGGGCAAAGAAGGCAGGCCCCAGGUGGCAGGAACUGUGACUCCUGGCUGCCACUGCUCCCGGAGGAGGGGGAGGUGGGGAGGAGCUGAGCCACAGGGAGGAGCGUGUGCGCCUGGGUUCACAGCGCACCCCACUGUGGCACCCGGCCCCCAGCUGGUCCCUGUUGUGGGUGGGAAGAUCCAGCCCCAGCAGGUGUGUGCACUCCCAGCCCUGGGCAGGUAGGCGGUGCCAGCCGCACCCUCUUGGCCACCCACGCGCAGGGUGGCAGGGCAGGCGCAGGUCUGGGCAGUCGGGCGGGCUGCUGAGUCAGCUCGUGAGGAAUGUUCUGGCCGCUCCCAGCUGCACCCUCCCUUGCUGCCCCCUCACCCUCCUCCCUGGGCGCUGCUGGCCCCACGCCCGUGCCAGGAACACACCUUCAGCCCGGGCUUGCCCCACACAGCCAGCCCCAACUCCUCACCCCACCUGUUCCCCCAAUGACCCCAGCAGAGCCCCGACCCCUUAGCGCCCCCAUUCCCAUGCUCCCAGGUCGCUCCCAGGCUGGGGGCCCACACGUGUGAAUAUGCUCCAUCCGCGUGACUGGCAAACCACGGUGGACCCAGAGCCGGCUGCUGCUGGGCAGUUGGGGCUGAGGGCAGGGGCCCACGGGGCCACCUCCACAGGUGACCCGGCCACUCCAGCCGUCUCCUGCGAGCCAACAGGGCAGAGAGAUGGGGCGCCCCCCGGACCCCCACAGCACCCUGGUCCCGGUGAGAACCACGGCUGCACCCAGGCUCACACCAGACCUCAUCGCCGGCCUCCCCUGGCCCCACUGGGCACCCAUUGCUGUGGCUGUUGUUGCUGGCAUCCUCGUCGUUUCCUGUCUCCUCUGUGCCAUCUGCUGCUGCUGCCGCCACGGCCACCGCCACGGGAAGAAGCCCAGAGACAAGGAGGCUGUGGGCCUGGGCGGUCUCCCCGGCACCACCACCACCCACCUGGUGCAGCCAGAUGUGGAUAACGAGGGGGACCCCAAGCCAUGGGGGCGCCUGCUGCUGUCCCUGCAGUACGACUUCGGAAGCCAAGAGAUCAGGGUGGGCCUCAAGCAGGCGGCGGACCUGAGACCUGGUGGCCCUGGCGGCACGGCGGACCCCUACGCCCGCGUCAGCCUCUCCACGCAGGCGGGGCGCUGGCACGAGACGCGGGUGCACCGUGGCACACUCUGCCCAGUGUUCGACGAGACCUGCUGCUUCCAUGCGUCACCAGCCGAGCUGCCGCGGAGCAGCCUGCAGGUGCAGGUGCUGGACUUCAGGCGUUUCUCCCGCCACGAGCCGCUGGGCUCACUCAGCCUGCCGCUGGGCGCCGUCGACCUGCAGCACGUCCUGGAGCUCUGGCACCAGCUUGGCCCGCCAGGCACCGCCGAGCCUGAGCAGACUGGGGACCUGUGCUUCUCCCUCCGGUACACGCCUGGCUCAGGCCGGCUCACCGUAGUCGUGCUGGAGGCCCGAGGCCUGAGCCCGACGCUGGCAGAUCCUUACGUGAAGGUCCAGCUCAUGCUGAACCAGAGGAAGUGGAAGAAGAGGAAGACGCAGGCCAGGAAGGGCCCGGCUGCCCCCUACUUCAACGAGGCCUUUGCCUUCCUCGUGCCCAUCAGCCAGGUCCAGAGUGUGGAUCUGGUGCUCGCCGUCUGGGCCCGGGGCCCACAGUUCCGGGCCGAGCCUGUGGGCAAGGUGCUGCUGGGCGCCCGGGCCUCUGGUCAGCCCCUCCAGCACUGGGCGGACAUGCUGGCCCAUCCCCGGCGGCCCAUCACCCAGUGGCAUCACCUGCGGCCUGCCAGGGAGGUGGACCGGGCCCUGGCCCUGCAGCCCCGCUUGCGCCUGCCCCUGCCUGGCUCCUGAAACCUCCCCCGGGCCCCCGUCUUCCAGGGAUCAGCUGGUCUCCUGGCAGGCCCACUGUAAUAAAGCCUUCUCCUGCCA